UUUUAUCGAGUCUUCACAACCAUGACCAGCGCUCUCGGCGCUAGUCCCGCGGACAACAACGCAGGAGACCAACCGAUAGACAACCAGCAACAGCUACAGUCACCGACGGAUGACUUUCACAUGUUGGACAAAUCGCUGGUAGUAGUCACGGACCUCCUGUUGAUUGCGAACGAGGACCGCCAUUCCGACAGCUCGACCUUGCGCGACUCGAUAUUCCUCGACGACGAGCUCGUACUAACCAAGGCCAAGCUGGCGGAAAUGCAGCGGGUUUGCACCGACUUGGAUUUUCAGGUGAAGCAGCUCGAAGCCGCCAAGUUACUGUGGGACGUCACCCGACUCGCCAUGGACUUUCAAGUGAUCAAGGACAAGGACGCGCACAGUCGCAUUCGAAACCGACUCGAGGACGAGCUCAUCCGCGCCUCCCACGCGGCCAAGUUCUUCCGCGCGGAAGCGGACAAGCUACAGGACCAAGUCGUAGCCAAGGACACUCGGAUCCAGGAGCUCGAAGCCCAAGUGCAGCUACUCCAAAACAAGAACGACAUGAACCUCCGGUUGAAGCAGCUCGAAGCCCAGGUGCACCAGCUCACGGCAACCAACCGCACCCUUAUCACAGAGAACCACGAACUCAAAGUGCACCAGUAUGAGCUCCAGCACGACCUCCAGCCGGUCCAGCGGUCGUCGUCGUGGAACUUGUUCAAUCAAAACAAAGCCACGUCCAAAGCCAAAGGCGUCGUGCUGCUGAAAAAGUCGACCAAUUCGCCGACCCCAACCAAAGAAGUGCAGCCGACGGUCAAGUCUUCGGCCAACUUGGAGCUGAUCCGAAUGUUGAAGCGGGAGCUGGACGACAACAAACAACGCGAUUCCAUCGACGCGUGGUACUGACGUAGGCGCGGAAGUUAUAGUUAUUUAGAAUAGGGCAAUUAUUAUUACCACAUAAAGUAGUUAAGUUAUAAGGAAUUGACGACGCGAUA